AAGAGAUGGACAUAGUGCUUCAGUGGAAGGUGGUAUUUCUUGAAGGAAGCACUCCAUCUUCGGUGCCAGCCCCUGCUGCAGGAAGGAAGGCAAAGCCAGACACGGGCACAGGCACAGCAGACUGGGAUGCUGGGAAGGAUUCUCCAUUAGCCUGGCGCUCUGAAGUUGUGAAGCACUCUGAGCAUUCUGCAGGCGUGUCUGCAGGGACGACCUCACCAACUCCUACCUUGGAUGCUGCACAAAAGGCCAGCUCCCAUGGCAGGGGUGAGUAGUGUGUCCCUGCUGACCCCUCAGGCUGAGCCCUGCUUUUGUGGGGUCCAUUCCUGGGAAAUGGAACUACUUUCUCUUAAGGUCCUCUGACAGCAAUGACCAAAGACAUGGCAGGCAGGAAAUUCCAGGACCCAUUAGAAAUCAUGUGGCAAAUGCUGAAGGAACGUCUGCAGAGAAGUCAAGAAAUGAAAGGAGAGCCUGCGGAGAAAGAAGCAUUUCCCGGAGGAAGCAGUGGUUGCAUGCCAGCCUCAGCUCCAGGAAGGGAGGCCAUGCCAGGCACAGGCACAGGAGAUGAGGGUGCUGGGAAGGCUUCUCCAUCAGCUUGGAUGAAUAAAGUUUUGAAGCCCUUGGAGCCUCCUGCAGAUGUGUCUACAGGGAAGACUUCUCCAGCUUCUCCAGCUGCUACCUUGGAUGCUGCACUCAAGCCCAGCUCCCAUCUCAGGGGUACUCCAACAGGGAAAAUCCAAGAUACAACAGAUAAGAUAUCCCUGGAACCAUCCAAACAGAUGAGGCAAGAGCUGAAGGAACCCCUGCAGACAAGAGAAGAGAUGGACAUAGUGCUUCAGUGGAAGGUGGUAUUUCUUGAAGGAAGCACUCCAUCUUCGGUGCCAGCCCCUGCUGCAGGAAGGAAGGCAAAGCCAGACACGGGCACAGGCACAGCAGACUGGGAUGCUGGGAAGGAUUCUCCAUUAGCCUGGCGCUCUGAAGUUGUGAAGCACUCUGAGCAUUCUGCAGGCGUGUCUGCAGGGACGACCUCACCAACUCCUACCUUGGAUGCUGCACAAAAGGCCAGCUCCCAUGGCAGGGGUCCUCUGACAGCAAUGACCAAAGACAUGGCAGGCAGGAAAUUCCAGGACCCAUUAGAAAUCAUGUGGCAAAUACUGAAGGAACGUCUGCAGAGAAGACAAGAAAUGAACGGAGAGCCUGUGCAGAAGGAAGCAUUUCCCGGAGGAAGCAGUGGUUCCGUGCCAGCCUCUGCUACAGGAAGGGAGGCCAUGCCAGGCACAGGCACAGGAGAUGAGGGUGCUGGGAAGGCUUCUCCAUCAGCUUGGAUGAAUAAAGUUUUGAAGCCCUUGGAGCCUCCUGCAGAUGUGUCUACAGGGAAGACUUCUCCAGCUUCUCCAGCUGCUACCUUGGAUGCUGCACUCAAGCCCAGCUCCCAUCUCAGGGGUACUCCAACAGGGAAAAUCCAAGAUACAACAGAUAAGAUAUCCCUGGAACCAUCCAAACAGAUGAGGCAAGAGCUGAAGGAACCCCUGCAGACAAGAGAAGAGAUGGACAUAGUGCUUCAGUGGAAGGUGGCAUUUCUUGAAGGAUGUACUCCAUCUUCGGUGCCAGCCCCUGCUGCAGGAAGGAAGGCGAUUCCAUUCACGGGCACAGGCACAGCAGACUGGGAUGCUGGGAAGGAUUCUCCAUUAGCCUGGCGCUCUGAAGUUGUGAAGCCCUCUGAGCAUUCUGCAGGCGUGUCUGCAGGGACGACCUCACCAACUCCUACCUUGGAUGCUGCACAAAAGGCCAGCUCCCAUGGCAGGGGAGAGACCAAAGACAUGGCAGGCAGGAAAUUUCAGGACCCAUUAGAAAUCAUGUGGCAAAUGCUGAAGGAACGUCUGCAGAGAAGACAAGAAAUGAAAGGAGAGCCUGCGGAGAAAGAAGCAUUUCCCGGAGGAAGCAGUGGUUGCAUGCCAGCCUCAGCUCCAGGAAGGGAGGCCAGUCCAGGCACAGGCACAGGAGAUGAGGGUGCUGGGAAGGCUUCUCCAUCAGCUUGGAUGAAUAAAAUUUUGAAGCCCUUGGAGCCUCCUGCAGAUGUGUCUACAGGGAAGACUUCUCCAGCUGCUACCUUGGAUGCUGCACUCAAGCCCAGCACCCAUCUCAGGGGUACUCCAACAGGGAAAAUCCAAGAUACAACAGAUAAGAUAUCCCUGGAACCAUCCAAACAGAUGAGGCAAGAGCUGAAGGAACCCCUGCAGACAAGAGAAGAGAUGGACAUAGUGCUUCAGUGGAAGGUGGCAUUUCUUGAAGGAAGCACUCCAUCUUCGGUGCGAGCCCCUGCUGCAGGAAGGAAGGCAAAGCCAGACACGGGCACAGGCACAGCAGACUGGGAUGCUGGGAAGGAUUCUCCAUUAGCCUGGCGCUCUGAAGUUGUGAAGCCCUCUGAGCAUUCUGCAGGCGUGUCUGCAGGGACGACCUCACCAACUCCUACCUUGGAUGCUGCACAAAAGGCCAGCUCCCAUGGCAGGGGUCCUCUGACAGGAGAGACCAAAGACAUGGCAGGCAGGAAAUUCCAGGACCCAUUAGAAAUCAUGUGGCAAAUGCUGAAGGAAUGUCUCCAGAGAAGACAAGAAAUGAAAGGAGAGCCUGCGGAGAAAGAAGCAUUUCCCGGAAGAAGCAGUGGUUGCAUGCCAGCUUCAGCUCCAGGAAGGGAGGCCAUGCCAGGCACAGGCACAGGAGAUGAGGGUGCUGGGAAGGCUUCUCCAUCAGCUUGGAUGAAGAAAGUUUUGAAGCCCUUGGAGCAUCCUGCAGAUGUGUCUACAGGGAAGACUUCUCCAGCUUCUCCAGCUGCUAUCUUGGAUGCUGCACUCAAGCCCAGCUCCCAUCUCAGGGGUACUCCAACAGGGAAAAUCCAAGAUACAACAGAUAAGAUAUCCCUGGAACCAUCCAAACAGAUGAGGCAAGAGCUGAAGAAACCCCUGCAGACAAGAGAAGAGAUGGACAUAGUGCUUCAGUGGAAGGUGGCAUUUCUUGAAGGAAGCACUCCAUCUUCGGUGCGAGCCCCUGCUGCAGGAAGGAAGGCGAUGGCAGACACGGGCACAGGCACAGCAGACUGGGAUGCUGGGAAGGAUUCUCCAUCAGCCUGGCGCUCUGAAGUUGUGAAGCCCUCUGAGCAUUCU